UUGGGGACAGUGGAUAUAAAAGCAAACCAUAAAUACACCCACAAGGAUGAUAAACAAGCUCUCUCUGACUCUAGAGAAGGAUUCGAUUCAAAUUCAGAUUCAAGAUCCCAUUACUAUGUAAAUAAAAAGGUUAGUGUAUCUCUCUAAUCUCCAACCUUUUUUAUCAAUCGAAUCUCAAAAAAAAACGAGAAACCAAUCGCCACAGACUCAGAUCCCCCCAGAGCUUUUUCGAUUCGUCAUCAAUGGCGGAAGAGACGGUUAUUAAAAAGUACAUUACGAACGAAGACCUCAAAAACCACAACAAACCAGGAGAUCUAUGGAUCUCGAUCCAAGGCAAAGUCUACAACGUCUCCGACUGGAUCAAAUCCCACCCCGGAGGCGACGCUGUGAUCCUCAACCUCGUCGGCCAAGACGUCACCGACGCGUUCACCGCGUUCCACCCCGGGACCGCGUGGCGCCACCUCGACGACCUCUUCACCGGCUACCACGUCAGAGACUUCCAAAUCUCCGAGGUCUCCCGCGACUACCGCCGCAUGGCCGCCGAGUUCCGCAAGCUCGGCCUCUUCGAGAACAAAGGACACGUCACCCUCUACACCUUAUCCUUCGUCGCGGCCCUCUUCGCCGCCGUUCUCUACGGCGUCCUGGCCUGCACCUCGAUCCUCGCUCACCAGAUCGCCGCCGCGACGCUCGGACUCCUCUGGAUCCAGAGCGCGUACAUAGGCCACGACUCGGGGCACUACGUCGUCAUGUCGAGCGAAUCGUACAACAGAUUCGCUCAGCUCCUCUCCGGUAACUGCCUGACCGGGAUCUCGAUCGCGUGGUGGAAGUGGACUCACAACGCGCAUCACCUCGCGUGUAACAGCCUCGACUACGAUCCGGAUCUCCAGCACAUCCCCGUCUUCGCCGUCUCGUCCAAGUUCUUCACCUCCUUGACUUCCCGAUUCUACGAUCGGAAACUCGAUUUCGAUCCCUUAGCGAGGCUCUUGGUCAGCUACCAGCACUUCACUUACUACCCCGUCAUGUGCUUCGGGAGAAUCAAUCUCUUCGUGCAGACGCUCCUCCUCCUCUUCUCCAAACGCGAGGUUCCCGAUCGCGCUCUCAACUUCGCGGGAAUCUUGGUGUUCUGGACUUGGUUCCCGCUCUUGGUUUCUUGUUUACCGACUUGGCCGGAGAGGUUCUUCUUCGUGUUCACUAGCUUUACCGUUACGGCUCUUCAGCAUAUUCAGUUCACGCUUAACCACUUCGCUGCUGAUGUGUACGUGGGUCCGCCCACGGGGGCCGACUGGUUCGAGAAGCAGGCUGCGGGGACGCUGGACAUCUCGUGUAGUUCGUAUAUGGAUUGGUUUUUUGGUGGGUUGCAGUUUCAGCUGGAGCACCAUCUGUUCCCGAGGCUGCCGCGUUGUCAUUUACGGAAAGUGGCUCCGGUGGUUCAGGAGCUUUGCAAGAAGCAUAAUCUUCCGUAUAGGAGUCUGUCCUGGUGGGAGGCGAAUGUUUGGACUAUUAGGACGUUGAAGAAAGCUGCUUACCAAGCUAGAGACGCGGCGAAUCCUGUGGUUAAGAACUUGGUCUGGGAAGCUUUGAAUACUCAUGGCUAAGUUGAUUUCAGAAUCAGACAGAGCUUUUGUUUUGUUUGACCAUUAUCAUGUGUUUUGUUUUAUUUUUUUUGCUUUUGAAUCUUUUAAAAUUUCGUUUUGUUAACUAUGGAAGAGAUGUUGUAUCGAAUUGUAACGAGAUUUAUUGAGACUCUUAGCAUAUUUGUUGUUUAUUGGAAAUUUUGUUUUGUUCUUA